AUGAAACAAUGGGCGGCAGAGAAUAAGAAUGAUUUGAUACGCAUCCAAGUGAUGUUUGACUGGGGAGUGGUUGUAAGUUCGCCCAAGCACUGCAACCACGUGCUGAAUAAGAAAUGCUCCAACUACAUCAAGGAUGUAGAUUUGAGCUACAAGCCGUUUAUUGAUAUUUUAG